AUGGAUCACGAACACAGGAAUUUGGAGAAUACAUCCUCGACCACCCUUAUGUUGCCGAAAGGGAGUGGUGAAGAAAAAGUUGUUAUACUGACGCCGAACAGCAAUGGUGUAGGGAAGAUACUGAUAAGGGAGGACACUAUAUUAGCUAAUCUCCAGGGCUGUGCUGGAUGUGGAAAGGCGAAGUUCACAUGUUCGGGUGUGAAGAAUCAGUGGUCUGUGCUGUGCUGGGGACGGCAAUCGGAUAAAAAAUAUUAUACAUUACUGGUGUUAUUGUCCACCACCUUCGUGCUUAGUCUAUUAGGUACAAUAUUCUUCUGCUUUACAAAUACAAUCAAUGAUGCCAUACUAUCGAAUAUGGUGAUCAGAAAUAACACGAUCGCGUACUCAAUAUGGAAGAGGCCCAACGUCCAACCUCACAUGAAAGUGCACGUUUUCAAUUACACCAACUGGAGAGAAUACAGAGACGGCUACGCCAAGAAACUUCACGUGGUAGACACAGGACCAUAUGUAUAUACGCAGCAGCUAGAAAGAGUGAAUGUGGUUUUCGACAACGACCACGUCACAUAUCAGGAGAAGAAUGACUUCAGAUUUCUUGCCAACAAGUCAGCCGGUGCACAAUUCGACCAAGUUACUGUUCCCAACAUGCCUUUACUGGGUUUGGCGAAAGUACUAGAACAAAACUUGAAUCCUAUCGCUCAAUUCCCUGUUAUAACAGCAAUAUCAUUUGCCAACCACCCGGAGGCUUUCGUUCAGCUGCCUGUGCAUAGAUUCCUUUGGGGCUACGAAGAUUACAUAUACAAUGCUGCUAAACCUCUUCUCAGUUUACGCGGGGAGUUGAAAGUCAACGAAUUUGGCUUAUUGGCUGUGAAAAACGACACCCUGUCGGAGCAGUUCACCAUAAACACAGGGGAAAUAGACAUGGACAAGAUGAAUGUCAUAGAGAAAGUAGAAGGAAAAAAUAGCCUGAACAUAUGGGGUGGCCAGGAUUGCAACAGCAUAGAAUCCACGGAUGGAUCAAUUUUCCCGCCAUCACAACUUGACAGAAAGAAGAUACUUCACAUAUUCUUCCCUAAUUUAUGUCGAAGACUUCCAUUUGUCUAUGAGAAGGAUGUCGAGAUCGAUGGGAUCCUCCUCCUUCGUUAUCGUCUUCCGUCCAAUGUUUUUGAUGACCCUACAAACAACCCUGAAAACCAAUGCUACUGCGAAAUCGACUCUGCCACCUGCCCUCCCAGAGGGGUGAUCAACGUCACAGCUUGUACUAUGGGUGCACCAGCCCUCGCUUCAUUUCCACACUUUCACUUGGGUGAUCCGAAGCUCCGGAAUCUUAUAUCAGGCCUCAAACCCGAUCCUGAAAUCCACCAGAACUAUUUAGACAUCCAUCCGACGUUAGGGAUCGCGCUUCGUGGAAAAUCCAGUUUACAAAUAAAUAUGCAAGUAGUGAAAUCAAACAUGAUCUCCGCUCUAGGAUUUUUAAACCAAGGAUUAAUUUUACCCAUCGCUUGGGUUGAAAUGGUUGUGGAAGAUCUUCCGGAGAGUCUUCGAACGCUCAUAUAUCACGGCACAUUCUCUACAGCUGCCAUCCAAUUAGGGCUCGCCGUCACGAGCAUAGCCGCUCUGUUCAUAUCGGGGAUAUGUCUGUUCGUACUUCUAAUAGGACGCCGGCAAAAACCUUGUGCUACACUCAAAAUUCCGAUCGAAACUGAAAUGAAGAAUUAA